CCGGUUGCUACCUCUCUCUGCUUAGGGAACGGGAUGACCUCAUGCCGGUUGUCUCGGUACGGCCGGAGGGAUCCGUGGCCAACCAUGGGUGUGCACUGCGGUCAUGGAAAGCAGGGACAGGGAAAGGGAAACCUCACUGAAGGGUCGUGGAGGCCCCUACCACCAGCAAUCCAUAUGAUUGGGCUGCCUUGUGAGUUGGUCCGGAUACUGUGUGAGAAUACAGGAUGGAACAAGGGAAGAAUGACAGUGACGAGGGCGAUGACGUCCGUCUCACAUCAGAGUCCCGGCCCGCCAGAACCCUUCCUCACCCGCUAUCUAUAAACCACGAAUGGAAUGGCAACCCCACGACUUGCGCUGCACAAUUUCUUGGGUUACUCCAUUGAAUUGUACUCACCUGCAUCGAUCUUGUUCCUCUCAACAUGCCUGACUACACGCGAAAGCACAAGGUGGCCGUGGUCGGCUCCGGCAAUUGGUAUGCGCGAUCUCUCUCUCACACGUCGCAUCCGCGUUUUCUAACAAGAUUUGAUACAAGGGGCUCCACUAUCUCCAAGAUUGUCGCAGAGAACACCAAAGAACAUUCCGACCUUUUCGAGCCAGAGGUGCGCAUGUGGGUGUUCGAGGAGGACAUCGAGAUCCCCAAGUCAUCCAAGCAUCACAGCAAGCUGGGCGGUCAGAAGCGCAAAUUAACCGAGGUCAUCAAUGACGUUCACGAGAAUGUCAAGUAUCUGCCCGGUAUCACGCUCCCGGACAACGUCGUGGCCGACCCGGACGUAAAGUCGACCGUCAAGGAUGCCACCUUGCUUAUCUUCAACCUCCCCCAUCAAUUCAUUGGCAAAACACUCGAUGGUAUUGAGGGCCAUCAUCUCCCCUAUGCCCGGGGAAUCUCCUGCAUAAAAGGCGUCGAUGUGUCGGACGGAACCGUGACCCUGCAUUCAGAACUGAUCAUGGAGCGACUGGGCAUCUACUGCGGUGCCUUGUCGGGCGCCAACAUCGCCCCGGAAGUGGCCGCGGAGAAGUUUUGCGAGACCACCAUCGGGUACGAUACUCCUCCAAUGGACCUGAAGCAGCCGGAUGGUUCGCCCAAGGACAACCUGGUCAAGGUGGAUGAGCAACGGCAGCACAAGACCAAACCAACACAUGUCAAGCUGCAUCCGGUACCGCAGGACCUCCCCCAUGUCAAUGCCGAGCUCUUCGAAAGCCUGUUCGCGCGCCCGUAUUUCCAUGUUCGCCACGUUCGCGAUGUCUCCGGGGUAGCGUUGGGUGGUGCACUGAAAAACAUCGUGGCGUUGGCGUCAGGGUUCGUUGCGGGAAAGGGCUGGGGCGAAAAUGCCAAGGCAGCCAUCAUGCGCGUUGGCAUUCUGGAGAUGGUCACCUUCGGUCGGACAUGGUUCCCCAAGUCUGUCGAUGAACGGACCUUUACGGAGGAGAGCGCUGGUCUGGCAGAUGUGAUCUCCUCGUGCAGUGGGGGGCGAAACUUCCGAUCGGCCUGUCAUGCGGUGGAACAAGGGGUCAGCGUCAAUGAAAUCGAAGAGAAGGAGCUCAACGGUCAAAAAUUGCAGGGGACCUCCACGGCUUACGCAGUCUAUGACUUUCUUGCGAAGCACGACCAGCUGAAGCAGUUCCCGUUGUUUGUUGCGGUUCAUGAUAUUCUCGAAGGAAAGGCCACUGUCGAUGAUCUACCGGCGCUUCUGGAUGGAAAGAAGAAGAAGAAAACGACAUGAGAGAGUAUGAUGAGUAUGGCGAUGCUGUGCAGGUCUUGCAGCGUAUCUAAUGAGACACGAUCGUACACUUGCUUGCUGUCAAGGUAGCAAAAUAGGAGCCUGACAGGAUCUUUGAAUCCCUGAAAUAGUCUGAAACAUUGCAUCUUUGCAUCACCAGAGGUGACCUUAGAUUUAUUUGGAUCUGUAGCAAAUCUUCAAU